AUGUGUUUACACGUGAACAUCUGCGCCAGAGAAAAACCUGAGAGAAAGAAAACGUGGGCAUUCCCAACGCGAAAUAUAUUGGCUACGUAGUUCAGUGUCCAUAUUUUAUAGAUAUAUUUUGUGGACAGGCGUUUCGAAAUAAGGUUGCACCCAGUUGCACCUGGUUGCACCUAAAAUCGAACAGAGGAACAGAUUGCUCUCUGAUAUUUAUAAUACUUAACACGAUAAAUUAACAUUAAAUUUGCAUCCAAUACAUCAUGAUAAGUGAAAUAAAGUUAAUAUUUUUUUGCAAAUGCGUCAAUUGUUCUGUAAUUUUUUUCAGUCAAACUGAAAACUAAUCUAUGUUAACCUCCAAAAAACUCUGAUCAAUAAAACGAUCGCCUCCGUCGUUCCGGCAACUACUUAAUUCAACGGAAAACUGGCUGCUUACGAGUGACGCGAUUUUAUCUUGCAAUUUAAGAGAGUGCCUUAUUUUUUACGAUAAAGAAGCGAGAAAAGCAUGGACGAGCCAACUUUGUCGAGUCCAGAGGACAUAAAGCAGAUUUCGAAAAGCGAGGAGGACCGCUCGUUCGACGAAACAAUCGGUCAUAUCGAGGAUUUGUUGUUAGAGGAAGACUUUCAAGCUCUUCAGCAUAAAUUUCUAGAGAAGUAUUGGGACGUUUUUGAACCAGUGGAAGAUAACAAGUUAAUUUACACUGAUAUAUUUAACGAAUAUAAUAAAGCAGUGGAGACAUAUCUCGUAGAUUACCUGAAGAAAGUCAUGCCACAGUUUACAGUUGAUACUCUUUUACACCAAUUAAAUAAGAAGCAAAAGGAGCUAGAAGGUGAAGUUUUCGAGGUACUGUCAACAAUAACGGACUUCUUGGCUUUUAAGGAAAUGUUCCUGGAUUACAGAGCAGUAAAAGAAGGCAAGGUUGCAGAUCUCAGCUGUGGGAUAUCUGUAACGUCUUUGAAAUCUUGUAAUGCAGAAAGUUGCAAGGAUCCAAGAUAAUAAAAAUUAUUUUCACACUAAAAUAGUCUUUUAGAUGAAAGCUAGAGGAUAGAACAUACGAGUAAAAGCGGCGUAAAAUAUAAUAUAAACUGGAAUUAA